AUAGCUAUAGCUUGUGCAGUCACAUCUCCCAAAUGUCGUCGGUUCCUCGUAACGUUCCUCGAUCUGUCGCAGUCUAUUCGACAGAAAUGGACUCUCGAAAACAGUGGCCAUAUUCCCGGCCCUCGAGCCAUACGAAACACAUAACCCAGUGGUAAAAGCUAUUCCAGCGAGAAUUACGUGCUCAUUCAGACAUUUGCAAGCGCACGCUUAUCAGCUUAAUUGUUUUAUCUUCCUCAAGUGUUGAAGUUUCCCCCUUUUGUCAGUCUCUCUCUCUUUUUUACACUUGCCACUCGUCAGCUGUUCACCAACGGGAAUUAUCCACUCCUUAUCCACACGUUUUCGUGAUUUUUUGACUCUAAAAUUCUCAUAUCACCGCUCCAACUCCAAAAUUUCACUGUUUUGUGGCACUCGAUUGCGAUUAAUCCGGUUAAAUUGGGUGGAUUAUUCGUGGGAUUGGGUAGGUACACACGAUAACCCAUUAAAUUGUCGCGAAAUCCCCCCCUGUUUUGAACGACUGUCUACGUGCGGAAUAAGCCAGACAGCAUCCGACAACUUUUGCCCGCUUUUGCCGAGGUUUUUUGUCUCAUUUGGCUGAUCGGUUACCCCCACCCUUCGGCGGAGUGGCGACUCCCAGAGACGGAGGUUACGUCGAUUCAUGGCUCAGUUCAGAGUGAUGGCGGUGUUGUUUACAUGAGAAUUCGCGUGGAAUGCGAUGAUCCGGAGGAGGGCCUUGAAGAGGUGAUAGCGGCUCUCCCAUUGUCAGUCGGGGAAAGAGAAAAAAAAGAGACUGGCAUUGGUCGGUUUCGACAGCCUCGGUCUGCCAUUGGCCACUCAGAAGUAUCUCGAAUUGUUCAUUGGCCAUCAGCCCCCGUUCUGUUGAGUAUCGGCUGUGGAUAAGGACCGCUUGAGAGUGCUCAGCUGAUGACGAGCACGGAGAUGUCCACAGCAAUGGCGUUUCUGAUGAUGGCUCUUGUCCCGAGAUGAUUGAAGUUACAUCGUAAAACUUCAUAUUUCGUGCUUCGGAAUUCUACUUAAUUAAUUUCUCGUUAUCUUGAUAAAUGUGAGGUGCAAAGUGGUGAAAAUGUGGAGGAAAUACUUGAACAUUUGUACAACUCUUUUGUGUGUUUUACAAGUCCAGGGUUUUAGCGGAUACGUUACGUUGAUCGAUGAUGGACCCACUGUGCAGGGUGGGUCCAUAACUUUUCGAGCUGAUUUGUAUAAUUACGAUGGCUCCAGACCCUCCGGGGAAUUUUCAUACACGUGGACAGACAAUGGGGUCCCUGGACACAGAUAUGAGUCCCCCAAAACACAAAAUACAACCAGUAUUUGGAAGGUCGAUUAUCCAGCUCAAUUCUAUCCUGUUGGGGAGUACUCAGUCCAGGUGAUUGUGAGUCAGUGGCACCUUAUCUUCUGGAGGGAUGAGGAUAGUCAACACAAGAGAUUCGAGAUAACUGCCCUCCUGAACGGCAAUAUCUCGAUAUCCCAAUCAAAUCACACAUUAGAGAGUUCCUACAUCUCCUCGGCAGUAGAAUCUGAAAUAAAGAUUGACUUGCGAGAGGGCGAUGCGAAUUACAUAAUCAAAAAUGCAACGGAGAUAUCGACAUUUUGGUUCGUUGAUUGUCAAUACUACGGACAGACGAAUGACUUCACAUUUCGAUACAAUUUCACCCACCCCGAUGAAACAAAAUCCAUCGAGGCUCUAGUGGUGGCCUCCCACGAGCCCCCCACGACCACCACAGUUGCACCCACCACAACGUCCACCACUCCAGCUCCAGCAACGAACGUUACGACGACUAAACCGGCUACUACGACCACAUCAACGCCAAAGACAACAUUGCAGCCUUCGGUGCAGAAUAAUUCGUCUACGGACAUGGGGAAGAACAUGUCCCUGCCUUAUGUUUGUGUGAAUACUUCUGUUGUACCUCCUGAUCCUAAGAAAACAUACGGCUAUUUUCAUAAGGAUGUUUAUGUCAGAGCGCCGAUAAAAAAUAUCACAGUGGAAGGAACAAACUGGAUAAAACCCUGGGAGAUGCUCAACCUAAGUGUGAGUUGCCACGGCUCUGGACCAUUUCUCAAAUGCCUGGAAGUCCAUCCAGGGACUUACAAUGUUACAGGGAAUGAGACCUGCGACGACGGAGUAUUACUCACCACGUGCAACUUCUCGAUCAUCCACUUCUUCCUGGAGGCUAAUGUUUACACUAUAUUAGUGAUACUUAAGAACAACGUCAGCACGACGGUUUACCCUUUAACAAUCAAUAUUUACGAAGUGACUGCGAAGCCCCAGCUCUCAGUCAUCGUAGUCCCCGUCUCCUGUUCCCUGGCAGCAGUAGUCCUCAUCGUCUUCGGCAUAGCUUACUACAUCCAGAGUCGUGCGAGGUUCACAGUCGAAGUCGCAGACUUCGACUUUGGCCAGAACAACCCAGACAUGGAGUACAAGACCUUCAGGGAGCGCCUCCGGGACUCAUUCAAUAGCACUGUAAGCGAUGUCCGAGGGAUUUACACACGACCACCUAAUUACGGAAGCAUGAAUCGAUGCACUAUCAACUCCACUGGAUAUAAGCCUCUAACAGACCCCACAGCCCCCCAAACCUGAACCCUAUCAACGAAAUAAACGCACGAAAGAAAAGGAAACCCCGCAGGAAGGCGUACAGAAAAUUAUUUAUAGGUAUUAAACUAAGAUAAGUCACUUAUAGAGCAAGUCUUCAUUCCAGGAGUUAUGAAAUUAUAAUUAUUGUAUAUAAUACGAUAAUCAGGCUGUGAAACCAAGGAAACGCAUUCAAGAGUACAGAAUAACUUCACAUUUAGUUUAACAUUCAUCGAGACGAUUCACAAGAUUUACUCGAAAUUGUUAGUCAAAUAUUCAGAGUAUGUUUCCCAGUAUUUUAUGAAUGUUUUAUUUUAUACACAUUAUAUUUUUUAAUUAAUUUUCCCCAGAAGGAAUCCAUAAAUAUAAAUUUUCAUAGUUCAGAUCAGAAAUAAAUUGAGAGUAUAUUUAAUUGUCAACUCACGUUUAAUUUAAUUGUAUAGUCUACGAUCAUAAAUCAUGUUAUUGCUUAACUGUGUAACUAUUGAAAUAAUGAAUUACAACGUCUAUUUGCAGAAUUUUGUGUAAAUAAAGUCAAUAAAUGAUUGUAAAUAGGAGUAUUCAAUGUACUUCAGUUUUGACAAUUUUCACCAGAGCAAUAAAUCAUGAAUUUCAAA